GUGAUUCCAGCUCCCCCUCCCUUUUCCGCCGUCGUCACGUGUGUGCGGAGCAAUCCUGUCUCCUGUCGCCCAUCUGAGCCGGUAUCUUUCGCGGGAGGGGUUUGUUUGCUCCGUCCGGGUCGCGAGCCUCAGAGGCGGGGAGGGCCAGAGCCCACCGCUAUUGGGCUCUCUCCGCGCGCCCUUCCUUCCUAUCUCCCUCCCUCCUCACCAUGAUCAAAGCGAUCCUCAUCUUCAACAACCAUGGGAAGCCGCGGCUCUCCAAGUUCUAUCAGCGCUAUAGUGAAGAUACACAGCAACAAAUUAUAAGAGAAACAUUUCAUUUAGUAUCAAAACGUGAUGAAAAUGUCUGUAACUUCCUAGAAGGUGGCUUAUUGAUAGGUGGAUCUGACAACAAGCUGAUAUAUCGACAUUAUGCCACACUUUAUUUUGUCUUCUGUGUUGAUUCUUCAGAAAGUGAACUUGGUAUUUUAGACCUAAUACAAGUAUUCGUAGAGACGCUAGACAAGUGUUUUGAGAAUGUCUGUGAACUGGAUUUAAUUUUCCAUGUAGACAAGGUCCAUAAUAUUCUGGCUGAAAUGGUGAUGGGUGGAAUGGUUUUGGAGACCAAUAUGAAUGAAAUUGUCACUCAGAUUGAUGCUCAAAAUAAACUGGAAAAAUCUGAGGCCGGUUUAGCAGGAGCCCCAGCUCGGGCUGUGUCAGCUGUAAAGAAUAUGAAUCUUCCAGAGAUCCCAAGAAAUAUUAAUAUUGGUGACAUCAGUAUAAAAGUGCCAAACCUGCCCUCUUUUAAGUAAAUUGUAUGCUCCAAGUGAAGUAUAACUAGAAGUUGAUCACAAAUGUUUACCAAACCAAUGUUUUGCUGUUUGAAUAAAAGUUCAUGGUACUCUCUAAAAAUCCUUUAUAAAAUUGUGUGAAGUUGAUUGUGUUUUGCGUAGUUGUAUUGUAAAGGGAGUGGUCCUUCCUGAUUUCCAAGUAACAUUCCUGUGUCCUAAAACAAGUCAUGUCUAAAGCAAGCAUGCAGUUUUCCAGAAAUGUAUUGAAAAUAUUUCUUUACUUUGUACAACACGUUUUUUGUAUAGCCACUGAGCUCUGUAACUAAUGCAGCAGCCCUGAUACUAUUCUGUUGGGAUAUUCAAGAUCCUGAUAUAUGUUAUAUGAAAGCACUGAACUGUACUUUUUCUUGCUUUUGAAAUAAAGCCUUGAUGAACUGGA